UUUGUGCGACCCCAAUAUCAAUUUUUAUUGUCGCUUUCAGUGCCGGCGAGUGAAUCCGGUUUUAUCGCUCUGCUCUGCAGAUUCUGUUAGGUAUUGGAGCUGAUGCACUUCUUGUUUAUCUAACAAGCGUAAAUUGAACGUGCGAGAAGGCAUAUAUCUUAGGCAAUAGGAUCUUCAUUAAUUUUUGUUCUUACGUCAACGAAUAUUGAAAUCAGUUGAGAGACUCAAAAGGAGAGAAAGAGACAAAUUUAUAAAAGAGAGGUUACAAGAUGUCUAGUUUUUUCGUUCGUAAAACUUUGACUUUGCUGGGGGGUCUCAAUUUAAAGAGUAUCUCGCAGUUUAGUGUGGUUCCUGUCAGAAGGUUGAAUUUGCUUGAGUACCAAAGCAAAGAAUUGCUGCGCGACUCUGGAGUUUCAGUGCAAAACUUUGCUAUUGUUGAUGAUAUUAAAAAAACUGCUCCUGCCUUAAAAACUUUGAAUGCUGACGAGUACGUUGUCAAAGCACAAGUCUUGGCUGGUGGUAGAGGAAAAGGUUGGUUCGACAAUGGUUUUAAAGGAGGUGUCCAAAUUACCAGAGACACAAAAGCAGUUACCGAAUAUGUUGAAAAAAUGUUGGGACAUCACUUGAUUACCAAGCAAACCUCAAAAGAUGGUAUUUUGGUACAAAAGAUAAUGAUUGCAGAAUCUGUAGAUAUCAUUCGUGAAACGUAUGUUUGUAUACUCAUGGAUAGGACAUACAAUGGUCCAGUUUUGAUAGCAUCACCAGAUGGUGGUAUAGACAUUGAAGCUGUUGCAGAAAAAACUCCAGAGAAAAUUAAGACUAUUCCUUUGGAUAUACAUUACGGAAUUGAUAACGAAAUUGCAACUGAAGUUGCUGAAUUUUUAGGAUUCUACGACGAAAAGCUCAAAGAAAACGCAGUCUAUCAAUUGAAAAGUCUGUGGAAAUUAUUUGUAGACAUUGAUGCUCUACAAGUUGAAAUCAAUCCUUUUGUUGAAACUAAAGACGGUAAAGUUAUUGCAGUGGAUGCUAAAAUAUCAUUUGAUGAUAAUGCAGAGUUUAGACAGAAAGACAUAUUUGCUCUUGAAGAUACAAAUGAAAAAGAUCCACGGGAAGUAGAUGCUUCAAAGUUUAAUUUGAAUUACAUAGGAAUGGAUGGAAACAUUGGAUGCUUAGUGAAUGGAGCUGGUCUUGCAAUGGCAACAAUGGAUAUAAUAAAGCUCAACGGAGGAACACCUGCCAACUUUUUGGAUGUUGGUGGUAGUGUGAAAGAGGAUCAAGUUUAUCAAGCUUUUAGAAUUUUGACGGAAGAUCCAAAUGUUAAGUCGAUCCUCGUGAAUGUUUUCGGUGGUAUUGUUAACUGCGCAACAAUUGCUAACGGCAUCGUUGCAGCCGCUCGCCAAUUGGGUUUGAAAAUCCCACUUGUGGUAAGAUUGGAAGGUACAAACGUAGCCGAAGCAAAGAAAAUCAUAUCUGAAUCUGAUCUUCCGAUUUUAACUGCCAACGACCUCGACGAAGCAGCUAAAAAAGCUGUAGCUUCCGUUAAAAAAUCAGAAAGCGAAGAAGAGCACCAGGGCAUGAAACUUAAAAUGUCGCAAUAGCUCGAAUCGUUCCUUACUUGACAAAAGACUGGCAUCUCAUUCCUGCGUUCAUAUCCACCAAACAUCAUAGAACGAAAAAAAAAAAAAAAAAAAAUAGCGUUAUCAGUGCCAACAUUCAUUUUCUAACGAAUUUCAAAGACUCGACACUGACUGAAUGCGCUGAAAUUCAUUGUUACUAGUUUCAUAA